GCGCCGCUUUCAAGGAGGUAUUGUUCGUUGCUUGUUCUUAUAACACACUCUCUUACCAGUCUCUCUUUCUUUUAUCUAACCGCGCUCCAAUUGUUCGUCGAAAUGCCUGAACCAUGCUCCACUCAAUCACUCACGCACCUAACUACUCCGUAGAUUUGAUCCCUCGGGUCUUUCUUCCCUCCAUGCAACUUGAAGCUACAUCUAAUAGUCAUAAUCUUCUCAGAAAAGGAAAAGUAAGCAACCAAGAGUUACGCUUUCUUGCAGUGAAGGAGACGAGUGGAUUUCUUGAACUGAAAAGAAGCUGGUGGGGUUCUGGUGGUGGGUUUGUAAGGAGGUGUAAUAGAAGGGAUUGGGAAAGUUGUGGGAGCGAUAUUGCAUUGGAGACUGAGAUUUUGGAGUUCAUGAAGAAUUCAGAAAAUCCACUGAUGUUUCCCAGCAAGAAACAGUUGAUUGAUGCUGGAAGAAUGGAUCUUGUUGACGCUAUCUUGAAGGAAGGAGGUUGGCUCGCGCUGGGUUGGGAUUUUGAUGAUAAUGCUGAUGAUGCUGAUGUAGUGGAUUGCUAUUCUUCUUUAACGGAUAAUAAAGAAUGCAGUACUGCAGAAAUUCAAGAUAAGGCUUUAGAGUAUAAUAAAGGACAAAGCUCUCAGGUUUCUUGCUCGUCCUCUAGUAUAUCACUAGAAACAGCGACUGAGGAUGAUGCUGGGAUUGGGGGUAUACUGUAUCGAUUAGAGAAAGAAAGGAAUAUGAAUUUAGGGUUUGCUUUGAAAGAGAUUGAAAGCACUACUCGUGUCCAAAGUAGCGACAUUAACCAUGAUUGGCUCCCUAAAACCACAAAGAAUGAGACAGUUGCUGGCCUCAAUGCUAACAAUAUACCUGGAUUAUUAAACCCCAACAGUGGUGUAAUCAAUGAUUUGGGAGGCGAGCUUGAUCAUAGCACAUCUUUCUCAAAUACUGAUGGUUCUGGAAAUUCGCUAAAUCCAGAUACGUGGAGAAUUUGGAGCAUUAAGAGGGCAGGGUUUUCAGACAUGCAAUUUGAAGCUGAAGAACUUAGCUCUAAUAGAACUCAUACAGGAAGCGAGGAGAAUGUUUUAGGAGAUGAAAUACUUGACACAAAGGAGGGUUCUAGUGAAACUGUCAGCAGAAGUCAAGAGAAUUGCUCUGAUGGAGGGAUUAAUCAGAAUCAAGUACGAAGUCGACUACGUGAUCUGGAGUUAGAGCUUUCCUCCGUGCUGCAGGCAUUGAAGUCAAACACCAGUGAAACUGUAUCACAGAAAGUGGAUAAUGGAAGCUCCUCUGGUGAUUUGCUGAAGCUUUCUGAUUCUUGGGAGUUCCAGGAAAAUGAGAUCAUGAAUGCCCAGGAUAAAUUACGGUCAAUAAGGGCAAAAUUGGCAGUGCUGGAAGGGAAGAUGGCACUUGCAAUAAGUGAUGCACAAAAGUUUGUGGAAGAGAAACUGAAAAGGAUUGAUGAUGCUUCUAGAGCUUUGCAGCUUCUCCGUGCUGCUUGUAUAGUUUGGCCUAGUUCUGCCUCAGAGGUGCUCCUAUCUGGAUCGUUUGAUGGCUGGGCAACCCAGAGAAGGAUGCAAAAGUCUAGUGUGGGUAUCUUUUCUUUGUAUCUGAAACUGUAUCCGGGCAGAUAUGAGAUCAAGUUCGUUGUUGAUGGUGAGUGGAAGAUCGAUCCCCUACGCCCUAUUGUUAACAACAACGGAUACGAGAAUAAUCUGCUCAUUAUCAAAUAAAAACACAGAAAACAUGCAACGAUGGACACGAGAAGAUAUUCAAAAUCCUAAGAAGGUAAGGAGGCACGCUCGGCAGAUUGCUUUUGUGUUCCUCCUUUUCUUUUCGACUCUUCUCUUGUAAACAUAUUGAUUGAGUGAGACAUACCAUUUCUUUCUCUCGUUCAUUCUCUUACUACAGGAUUAGGAUAUGUAAAAAGCACUGCAGACACUUAUUUUUCUCACAUGUUUUCUUUAUUGAUGUAUAGACAUUGUGUAUUAAGAUGCAAUUUCAGGCCUGUAUGUUUUAUAUGAAA